AUGCGGCAAGAUGAGAGCUGCCAGCCAGCAUGGCGGCGCCCCCUCCCCACGGCGGCCGGCGGCGGCGGGGCCGGGGCGCCCGAGCGGCCCUACGAGCUGGUGGUGUUCGGGGCCUCGGGCUUCACCGGCCAGUUCGUGGUGGAGGAGGUGGCGCGGGCGGCGGGCGGCGGGGAGCUGCGCGGCGCCCUGCGCUGGGCCGUGGCCGGGCGGCGUCGGGAGAAGCUGCAGGCGGUGCUGGAGCGGGCGGCCGAGAGGCUGGGGAAGGCGGCGCUCGGGGCGGAGGUCGGCGUGCUGCUGUGCGGUGUGGGCGACGCGGCCUCGCUGGCCGCCACGGCGAGGCAGACCCGGCUGGUGCUCAACUGCGUGGGCCCGUCCAGAUUCUUUGGAGAGCCUGUGGUAGAAGCUUGUGUUGAAAAUAGUGCCAGCUGCAUUGACGUCAGUGGAGAACCCCGGUUUCUGGAAGGAAUGUACCUGCAAUACGACGGAACAGCUGCGGAAAAGGGAGUGUAUGUCAUUGGAAGCUGUGGCUUUGACUCUAUACCAGCCGAUAUGGGAGUACUGUACACCAGAGACAAGCUGAAAGGUACCUUAACUGCUGUCGAAAGUUUCCUGAGGGUGCAAUCUGGGCCUGAGGGUUCUUGUGUACACGAUGGGACCUGGAAGUCAGCUGUUUACGGCCUUGCGGAUCAAGACAACCUGAGGAAGCUUCGAAAAAGGAUAGGCUGUGCCCCUGUUCCAGUAGUUGGUGCAAAACUUAAAAGAAGAGGACUUGUGUUUUACGAUCAGGAAUUGAAAGAGUACUCUGUUCCAUUCAUGGGAUCUGAUGUUUCCGUUGUGAAACGGUCUCAGCGUUAUUUGCACACAGAGUUGCAGGAAACACCUGUGCAGUAUGGCGCUUAUGGGAACAUAGGUGGUCUUGGCUCCGUUGUCAAGCUGAUGUUUGCUGGCAUUUUAUUUCUUCUUCUUGUGAAGUUUAGCUUUGGAAGAAAACUUCUGACAAAAUACCCGGAAUUUUUCUCUGCUGGACGCUUCACAAAGAAAGGACCAACCCAGAAACAGACGUCGAAGUAUGUGUUUGUGGCCUUGCAGAUCAAGACAACCUGA